AACCAACUUCAUACCUUCAAUGAUGUGUGUAAUAAUGAGUCAUUAGUUUCAGACACAGAAACGUCAAUUGCAAAAGAGCUCGCAGACUGGCUUAUCAGCAACAAUGUAGUUGAGCACAUUUUUGGACCAAAUUUACAUAUUGAGAUCAUCAAACAGUGCCAAGUGAUUCUGAAUUUUCUUGCAGCUGAAGGGAGACUUAGUACUCAACAUAUAGACUGUAUCUGGGCUGCAGCACAGCUAAAGCAUUGCAGUCGUUACAUACAUGACUUGUUUCCUUCUUUGAUCAAAAACUUGGAUCCUGUCCCACUUAGACAUCUCCUUAACCUAGUCUCAACUCUUCAUCCAAGUGCUCACACUGAACAGACCUUGUAUUUGGCAUCAAUGCUUAUAAAAGCCCUGUGGAAUAAUGCACUAGCAGCUAAGGCUCAGCUGUCAAAACAAAGUUCUUUUGCAUCUUUGCUGAGUACCAAUCUACCCAUGGGAAACAAAAAAGAAGAAGAGGAGCUCAGAAGAGCAGCACCUUCACCUUGGUCACCAGCAGCAAGCCCUCAAAGUAGUGACAACAGUGACACCCAUCAGAGUGGGGGCAGCGAUAUUGAAAUGGAGGAGCAGCUCAUUAACAGAACAAAACAUGUACAGCAGAGGCUUUCAGAUACAGAGGAGUCCAUGCAAGGAAGCUCUGAUGAGACAGCCAACAGUGGUGAGGAUGGCAGUAGUGGUCCUGGUAGUAGCAGUGGCCACAGUGAUGGAUCCAGUAAUGAGGCCAACUCCAGUCACGCCAGCCAGUCUGCUGGAAGCCCUGGCAGCGAGGUGCAGUCCGAAGACAUUGCAGAUAUUGAAGCUCUCAAAGAGGAGGACGACGAAGAGGAAGAAGAUAGGAGUCAUAAUCCUCAGAAGAGCAGUAGGAGCACAGAUCUACGAAGCAGGAAGCUGGACUCACAAACAGGCAUUUGUCUGGGGGAUUCACAAGGGGCAUCGGAGAGGAGUGGUGCAAACAAUGGGGCAGGAAAGGACCAUGUUUUUAACGCGGACUCCGUGACGCCGGUGGAUAAUCGGAUUAGAAUGUUAGAUGCUUGUUCUCACACUGAGGAUGCAGAGCAUGAUAUAACAGGGGAGAUGAGCACUACUCACAUUUCACAAGGGUCUCAGGAUUCUUGUAUAACUCACACAGGGGACUUCCUUGGGGAAACUAUUGGAAAUGAAUUAUUUAACUGUCGGCAGUUCAUUGGGCCACAACAUCACCACCAUCACCACCACCACCACCAUCACCAUGACGGCCAUAUGGUUGAUGAUAUGCUAAGUGCAGAUGAUGUCAGCUGCAGUAGUUCCCAAGUCAGUGCAAAAUCAGAGAAAAAUAUGGCUGAUUUUGAUGGGGAAGAGUCUGGCUGUGAAGAAGAGCUUGUACAGAUUAAUUCACAUGCUGAGCUAACGUCUCAUCUUCAGCAGCACCUUCCUAACCUUGCCUCUAUCUAUCACGAACAUCUUAGUCAAGGACCAGCAGUUCAUAAACAUCAAUAUAAUAGUAAUGCGGUGACCGACAUUAAUUUGGAUAAUGUUUGUAAGAAAGGAAAUACUCUUUUGUGGGAUCUGGUCCAGGAUGAAGAUGCAAUUCAUCUCUCUGAAGGGUUAAUAAAUGAAGCAGAGAAGCUGCUCUGUUCUUUAGUGUGCUGGUUCACUGACAGACAGAUUCGAAUGAGAUUUAUUGAAGGCUGCUUAGAAAAUUUAGCAAACAACAGAUCAGUAGUAGUUUCACUUCGUCUUCUUCCAAAGCUGUUUGGUACGUUUCAACAAUUUGGGAGCAGCUAUGAUACACAUUGGAUAACAAUGUGGGCAGAAAAGGAACUUAAUAUGAUGAAACUUUUCUUUGACAAUUUGGUACACUACAUUCAGGCAGUCAGGGAAGGACGACACAAACAUGCAUUAUACAGCCACAGUGCAGAAGUUCAGGUUCGUCUCCAAUUCCUGACAUGUGUGUUUUCAACUCUAGGAUCACCAGAUCAUUUCAGGUUGAGUUUAGAACAAGUGGACAUACUGUGGCACUGCUUAGUAGAAGAUUCUGAAUGCUACGAUGAUGCACUACACUGGUUCUUAAAUCAAGUGCGAAGUAAAGAUCAACAUGCUAUGGGUAUGGAGACUUACAAGCAUCUUUUUUUGGAAAAGAUGCCACAACUGAAACCUGAAACUAUUAGUAUGACUGGCCUAAACCUCUUCCAGCAUUUGUGUAAUUUGGCUCGACUGGCUACGAGUGCAUAUGAUGGGGGCUCAAACUCUGAGUUGUGUGGCAUGGACCAGUUCUGGGGUAUUGCUUUAAGAGCACAGUCUGGUGACGUCAGUCGAGCAGCUAUCCAGUAUAUCAACUCUUACUAUAUCAAUGGUAAAACUGGUCUUGAAAAAGAACAGGAGUUUAUUAGCAAGUGUAUGGAGAGUCUGAUGAUAGCUUCUAGUAACCUUGAGCAAGACUCUCAUUCAAGCCUGACUAUUAUUGAAAGAGGACUCUUAAUGCUGAAGACACACCUGGAGGCUUUUAGGAGAAGGUUUGCAUAUCAUCUGAGGCAGUGGCAGAUUGAAGGCACUGGUAUCAGCAGUCACUUGAAAGCCUUGAGUGACAAACAGUCACUGCCACUGAGAAUCGUGUGUCAGCCAGCUGGGCUUCCUGACAAGAUGACUAUAGAAAUGUAUCCUAGUGAUCAGGUGGCUGAUCUACGGGCAGAAGUCACCCACUGGUAUGAAAAUUUACAGAAGGAGCAGAUAAACCAACAAGCACAGCUUCAGGAGUUUGGGCAAAGCAGCCGCAAAGGGGAUUUCCCUGGUGGCCUCAUGGGACCUGUGAGAAUGAUUUCAUCUGGGCAUGAACUGACAACUGAUUAUGAUGAAAAAACACUUCAUGAAUUGGGUUUUAAGGAUAUGCAGAUGGUGUUUGUAUCCCUGGGUGCACCAAGGAGAGAAAGGAAAGGUGAAGGUGUUCAGCUUCCAGCAUCCUGUCUACCUCCUCCUCAGAAGGACAACAUUCCCAUGCUUCUCCUCCUGCAAGAACCUCAUCUCACCACCCUUUUUGAUUUGUUAGAGAUGCUUGCUUCUUUUAAGCCUCCUUCUGGAGAAGUGGCUAUGGAAGACAGUGAGAGUGCAAGGUGUGAAGAGCUCCAUCUCCAUGCAGAAAACUUAUCCAGACGUGUCUGGGAACUGUUAAUGCUUCUGCCAACGUGCCCCAAUAUGUUGCAGGCAUUCCAGAAUAUUUCAGAUGAGCAGGGUAAUGAUGGCUUUAGCUGGAAGGAUCUUUUGCGAAUAAAAAGUGCCCAUAAGCUUUUGUAUGCUCUGGAAAUUAUUGAAGCUUUGGGAAAGCCCAACAGGAGAAUAAGACGUGAAUCUACGGGAAGUUAUAGUGAUCUUUACCCAGACUCAGAUGACUCGAGUGAAGAUCAAAUAGAAAAUAGUAAAAACACGUGGAGCUGCAAGUUUGUUGCUGCUGGAGGGCUCCAACAGUUACUAGAAAUUUUCAAUUCUGGAAUCUUAGAGCCUAAAGAACAGGAAUCCUGGACUGUGUGGCAGCUGGACUGUCUUGCUUGCUUGCUGAAGCUGAUAUGCCAGUUUGCAGUCGAUCCUUCAGAUCUGGAUUUGGCUUACCAUGAUGUCUUUGCAUGGUCUGGCGUAGCAGAGAGCCACAGGAAGAGAACGUGGCCAGGCAAAUCAAGGAAGACAGCAAGUGACCAUGUGAAGGGCCUUCACAUUCCUCGUUUAACAGAGGUGUUUCUUGUACUUGUCCAGGGAACCAGUUUGAUUCAGCGACUUAUGUCAGUUGCUUAUACAUAUGACAACUUGGCACCUAGGGUGUUGAAAGCUCAGUCUGAUCACAGAUCAAGACAUGAAGUCACUCAUUAUUCAAUGUGGCUCCUGGUGAGUUGGGCUCACUGCUGUUCCUUGGUGAAAUCCAGUCUGGCAGACAGUGAUCAUCUGCAAGACUGGCUAAAGAAACUUACCCUUCUUACUCCAGAGACUGCUGUUCGCCAUGAGUCCUGCAAUGGUUUAUACAAGUUGUCUCUCUCUGGACUGGAUGGGGGAGACUCCAUUAAUCGCUCCUUUCUGCUGCUGGCUGCAUCCACCUUGUUAAAAUUUCUCCCUGAUGCUCAAGCUCUGAAACCAAUCCGGAUAGAGGAUUAUGAAGAGGAAACAGUGCUGCGACCAGGUUGCAAGGAAUAUUUUUGGCUGCUGUGCAAACUGAUUGAUAACAUACAUGUCAAAGAUGCAAGUCAGACGACACUCCUUGAUUUAGAUGCACUAGCCAGACAUCUUGCUGACUGCAUUCGGAGCAGAGAAAUCCUUGACCACCAGGAUGGUAAUGUAGAAGAUGACGGACUUACCGGGCUGCUUCGUCUUGCAACGAGCGUCAUUAAGCACAAACCACCCUUUAAAUUUUCUCGGGAAGGCCAGGAGUUUCUGAGAGACAUCUUCAAUCUUCUGUUCUUGCUGCCAAGUUUGAAAGACAGACAACAGCCAAAAUGCAAGUCACAUUCUUCAAGGGCUGCUGCUUACGACUUGUUGGUAGAAAUGGUGAAAGGAUCCGUGGAAAACUACAGGCUGCUCCACAACUGGGUUAUGGCACAACAUAUGCAGUCUUCCCAUGCACCCUACAAGUGGGAUUAUUGGCCACAUGAUGACGUUCGUGCUGAGUGUAGAUUUGUAGGUCUAACUAAUCUUGGAGCAACAUGUUACUUGGCAUCCACUAUUCAGCAGCUCUACAUGAUACCGGAGGCCAGACAAGCAAUCUUCACUGCAAAGUAUUCUGAAGAUAUGAAACACAAGACCACUCUACUAGAACUCCAGAAAAUGUUUACAUACUUGAUGGAAAGUGAAUGCAAGGCAUACAAUCCAAGGCCUUUCUGUAAAACCUAUACUAUGGAUAAGCAGCCACUGAACACUGGAGAGCAGAAAGAUAUGACCGAGUUCUUCACUGACCUAAUAACAAAAAUAGAAGAAAUGUCUCCAGAACUGAAAAAUACAGUGAAAAGUUUGUUUGGAGGUGUUAUCACAAACAAUGUUGUGUCUUUGGACUGUGAGCAUGUAAGUCAGACUGCAGAAGAGUUCUAUACAGUAAGAUGCCAGGUGGCAGAUAUGAAGAAUAUUUAUGAAUCUCUUGAUGAAGUAACUAUUAAAGAUACCUUGGAAGGUGACAACAUGUAUACAUGUUCUCAUUGUGGGAAGAAAGUGCGGGCUGAAAAAAGGGCAUGUUUUAAGAAACUACCUCGUAUCUUAAGCUUCAACACAAUGAGAUAUACAUUUAAUAUGGUAACCAUGAUGAAGGAGAAAGUCAAUACACAUUUUUCAUUCCCUUUACGUUUGGAUAUGACACCUUACACUGAGGAUUUCCUCAUGGGAAAAAAUGACAGAAAAGAAGGUUUUAAGGAAGAUGGUGACUAUUUGAAAGAAACUGAAAGUUAUGAGUAUGAUCUGAUAGGCGUAACGGUUCAUACGGGAACAGCAGAUGGUGGCCAUUACUACAGCUUUAUCAGAGAUAUAGUCAAUCCCCACGCGUACAAAAACAACAAGUGGUAUCUUUUCAAUGAUGCUGAAGUGAAACCAUUUGAUUCUGCCCAGCUUGCUUCAGAAUGUUUUGGUGGAGAAAUGACUACAAAAACUUAUGAUUCUGUUACUGAUAAAUUUAUGGACUUCUCCUUUGAAAAGACACACAGCGCUUACAUGUUGUUUUAUAAACGGAUGGAGCCAGAGGAGGAAAAUGGCAAAGACUACAAAUUUGAUGUUUCAUCAGAAUUGCUGGAGUGGAUAUGGCAUGAUAACAUGCAGUUUCUUCAAGACAAGAACAUUUUUGAACAUACAUAUUUUGGGUUUAUGUGGCAGUUGUGUAGUAGCAUCCCAAGCACACUACCAGAUCCAAAAGCAGUUUCCCUGAUGACAGCAAAGUUAAGCACUUCCUUUGUACUAGAGACAUUUAUUCAUUCAAAGGAAAAGCCUACAAUGCUUCAGUGGAUUGAACUGUUAACAAAACAGUUUAAUAACAGUCAGGCAGCUUGUGAAUGGUUUUUGGAUCGUAUGGCUGAUGAUGAUUGGUGGCCAAUGCAGAUUCUAAUAAAGUGUCCCAAUCAGAUUGUGAGACAGAUGUUCCAGCGUUUGUGUAUCCACGUGAUACAGAGACUGAGGCCAGUGCAUGCACAUCUCUAUCUCCAGCCAGGAAUGGAAGACUGCUCGGAUGACAUGGAUGGGCCUGUGGAAGACAUCGGGAGCCGCUCGUGCGUGACGCGCUUUGUGAAGACGCUGCUGUCCAUCAUGGAGCACGGGGUCAAGCCUCACAGCAAACACCUCACCGAGUACUUCGCCUUCCUCUACGAGUUUGCCAAAAUGGGAGAGGAGGAGAGCCAGUUCUUGCUUUCGCUGCAAGCCAUAUCUACAAUGGUCCAUUUCUACAUGGGAACCAAAGGGCCUGAGAAUCCACAGGUUGAAGUACUUUCUGAGGAAGAAGGGGAGGAGGAGGAGGAGGAGGAAGAUAUACUUUCUUUAGCAGAAGAAAAAUACAGGCCUGCUGCACUUGAAAAGAUGAUUGCCCUGAUUGCUCUUCUAGUUGAACAGUCUCGCUCAGAAAGGCAUUUGACUUUGUCACAAAACGAUAUGGCAGCAUUAACAGGAGGAAAGGGAAUUCAUUUAAAUAAAACUGGUUUUCCUUUUUUAUUUCAACAUAUCCGUGACGGUAUCAACAUCAGGCAAACUUGCAAUCUCAUUUUCAGUUUGUGUCGAUACAAUAAUCGACUUGCAGAGCAUAUUGUGUCCAUGCUUUUCACAUCUAUAGCAAAGUUGACUCCUGAGGCAGCCAAUCCUUUUUUCAAAUUGCUGACCAUGCUGAUGGAAUUUGCUGGUGGACCUCCAGUUUUUGGAAUGCCACCCUUCGCUUCCUACAUUCUGCAGAGGAUAUGGGAGGUCAUUGAAUACAACCCAUCUCAGUGCCUGGACUGGCUGGCUGUGCAAACACCUCGAAAUAAACUAGCCCACAGCUGGGUGCUGCAAAAUAUGGAAAACUGGGUUGAACGUUUUCUUCUGGCACACAACUAUCCUAGAGUGAGAACUUCUGCAGCCUAUCUCUUGGUGUCGCUUAUUCCAAGCAAUUCCUUCCGUCAGAUGUUCCGAUCGACCCGCUCUCUGCACAUCCCUACACGCGACCUCCCGCUCAGUCCCGAUACCACAGUAGUUCUUCAUCAAGUCUACAAUGUGCUUCUUGGCCUUCUCUCAAGAGCUAAGCUAUAUGUUGAUGCUGCUGUUCAUGGCACCACAAAACUGGUGCCCUACUUCAGUUUCAUGACGUACUGUUUGAUCUCAAAAACUGAGAAACUCAUGUUUUCUACUUACUUCAUGGACUUGUGGAACCUUUUCCAGCCUAAGCUUUCGGAGCCGGCCAUAGCCACCAACCACAACAAGCAGGCUUUGCUGUCUUUCUGGUACAACGUGUGUGUCGACUGCCCGGAGAACGUGCGCCUUAUCGUCCAGAACCCCGUGGUGACCAAGAACAUUGCCUUCAACUACAUCCUGGCGGACCACGACGACCAGGACGUGGUGCUCUUCAACCGCGGGAUGCUGCCCGCCUACUACGGCAUCCUGCGCCUCUGCUGCGAGCAGUCCCCCGCCUUCACCAGGCAGCUGGCUUCUCACCAGAACAUCCAGUGGGCCUUUAAGAACCUCACGCCACAUGCCAGUCAGUACCCAGGAGCAGUAGAAGAGCUGUUUAACCUCAUGCAGCUGUUUGUAGCUCAGAGACCAGACAUGAGAGAGGAGGAAAUCGAAGACAUCAAGCAAUUUAAGAAAACCACCAUCAGCUGUUACCUGCGCUGCUUGGACGGCCGGUCGUGUUGGACUACUUUAAUAAGUGCCUUCAGAAUAUUAUUAGAAUCUGAUGAGGACAGACUUCUUGUUGUGUUUAAUAGAGGAUUGAUUCUGAUGACUGAGUCCUUUAACACGUUGCACAUGAUGUACCACGAGGCUACGGCUUGCCAUGUGACUGGAGACCUGGUAGAACUUCUGUCUAUUUUCCUUUCGGUUCUUAAGUCAACACGUCCGUAUCUUCAAAGAAAAGAUGUGAAGCAGGCUCUCAUUCAGUGGCAGGAGCGCAUUGAAUUUGCCCAUAAGCUCCUAACUCUGCUCAACUCCUACAGCCCUCCAGAGCUGAGGAACGCCUGCAUUGAUGUCCUCAAGGAGCUUGUACUUUUAAGUCCUCAUGAUUUCCUACAUACUCUGGUUCCAUUUCUACAGCACAAUCAUUGUACAUACCACCACAGUAAUAUCCCAAUGUCUCUUGGACCUUAUUUUCCAUGUCGUGAAAAUUUGAAAUUAAUAGGGGGAAAAAGCAAUAUCCGUCCUCCACGCCCUGAGCUUAACAUGUGCCUCUUGCCCACCAUGGUGGAAGCCAGCAAGGGCAAAGAUGAUGUUUACGAUCGCAUGCUGCUAGACUACUUCUUUUCUUAUCAUCAGUUCAUCCAUCUACUAUGCCGAGUUGCAAUCAACUGUGAAAAGUUUACUGAAACUUUAGUUAAAAUGAGUGUCCUAGUUGCAUAUGAAGGUUUGCCACUUCAUCUUGCGCUGUUCCCCAAGCUUUGGACUGAGCUUUGUCAGACUCAGUCCGCGAUGUCAAAGAACUGCGUAAAGCUCCUCUGUGAAGAUCCCGUUUUUGCAGAAUAUAUAAAAUGUAUUCUGAUGGAUGAAAGGACCUUUCUGAACAACAACGUUGUGUACACCUUUCUGACCCAUUUUCUUCUAAAGGUCCAAGGGCAGGUGUUUUCUGAAGCAAACUGUGCCAACUUAAUCAAUACUCUAAUUACAAAUCUAAUAAAUCAGUAUCAAAGCCUAGAAUCUGACUUCAGCAACCAGCGAGUUGAAAUUUCCAAAGCGAGCUCUACUCUGAAUGGGGACCUCCGAGCCCUUGCCUUGCUGCUUUCGGUGCACACUCCCAAACAGCUCAACUCGGCCCUGAUUCCAACUUUACAAGAGCUUUUAAACAAAUGUAGAACUUGUCAACAGCAGAGGAACUCAUUACAAGAGCAAGAAGCCAAAGAAAGAAAAACUAAAGACGACGAAGGAGCCACUCCUGUGAAGAGACGGCGGGUGAGCAGCGACGAGGAGCACACUGUGGACAGCUGCAUCAGCGACAUAAAAACUGAGCCCCGGGAGGCGAUGACCCCAACGAGCACCUCGGACAACGAGACACGGGACUCCUCCAUCAUCGACCCAGGCACGGAGCAAGACCCUCCUUCCCCCGAGAACAGUUCUGUCAAGGAGUACAGAAUGGAAGUUCCAUCUUCAUUUUCAGAAGACAUAAUGUUAGCCACGCGGUCACAGCACACGGAAGAGCAGUCGGGAAAUGGUAAAUUUGAGGAGUGCAAAGAAUUUAAAGACCUGCAGACUUCCAAGGAUUCCAUUGGAGCCGAGGAGGACUCGGAGUUUCCCUCCACGUCCAUUUCCGCGGUUUUAUCCGACCUCGCAGAUCUGAGAGGCUGCGACGGUCAAGCCUUACCAUCCCAGGACCCCGAGACUAGCUUAUCAAUCAGUUGUGGCCAUUCCAGAGGACUUUUUAGUCACAUGCAGCAGCAUGACAUUUUAGACAUCCUGUGCAGGACCAUUGAGUCUACGAUUCACGUGGUCACGAGGAUAUCUGGAAAAGGAAACCAAGCUGCUUCUUGACAUUAGAUGGAGCAUGUCUGCUUUUAAGUCUUUUUUAUUUUCUUUUAUCUUCCCCUCAAAAAACGCUGUUUGUAUAAGUUUUGCUUAUUUCUGUUUUGUGCUUCAGUUUGUCCAGUGCUCUCUGCUUGAAUGGCAAGAUAGAUUUAUAUGCUUAAUUCUUGGUCAGGCAGAACUCCAGAUUUUAUUUUUCUUUUUCUUUUCUUUUCUUUUUUUGUUUUGCAUCUACCGUACACUUUCUUAAAGGGCAAUCAAAUAAUGGAUAUGUUUUAUGUAAUUAAGAGUUCACUGUAGUGGCUUUCAUUUAAUAUGGCUGUCUGGGAGAACAGGGCCUCCUUGCCCUGUCUGAUGUAAUUUAAACUUAUGACAUUUUUACUGUGUAUAAUAUGGUGUCCUCUGUGCCAGUUUUGUACCUUAUAAUAGAGGCAGAUUGCCUCAGAUCGCUGUGGUUCUUAUUAUCAAAAUUAAGUUUACUUGUAUACUAAACAACCACAAGAAAUUUGAUUCUGUAAAGAAUCCUCUUUAGCUGUGGCCUGGCAGUAUAUAUAUGGUGCUUUAUUUAACAGAAUACCUGUGGAGGAAAUAAAGCACACUUGAUGUAAAAUUAAUUGUUUUAUUUUUAUUGACAUGAUCAAUUGCUAUUCUGUGCACUUCAUUAAACUGAUUGUGACUUUUCA